CAGCUUCCCCAGGCUGACGGUAUAUCUUCCACACCCCCUGUGCUGUAGUGAUCAGUUGUUGUUUCGCUCGUGCACAUCCGAGACCCUUCGUUGACACUAUCGACACGCCUCGACGAACCACUCCACUUCGAGCACGCCUAGUGUGCAACAGAGCUCUACCAGCGCAGCAGAGAGUCCACAACGAGCCACUGCUCUCUGUGAAAAUCUGUGAAGACCACUAGCCCGUUGCAGCGUGUGUCAGCGGUGUCGACGGCAUGCGGCUGACGUGAGCUCCCUUCUUCGGUCCAUCUAUUCAUCUACUCCAGCCAUGGCUGAUCCGACGGAGCGCCCCCCGCCCCUCCCACCAACCACCCUCGCCCAACCCAAAGUCAAGCAUGCCCAGGCGAGACCUUCCCCACCCCCUUUCCCGCCCCUGGCCUCGAGAAGCGGCCUUGCAGGCGUGCAUGCAGCUGGUUCACACCCAUCGGCUGGCGCGGCCGCAGAUAGAAUGGACGAGCUGCUUCCUCCCUCACCCCCACCCCCUCCCCAAUUCCCUGGCGGCACCCGUACCAAGGCACGGCCGGCCGGUGGGGCGGAUCAGCAGCUACUUGACAUGAUGGCUGUCGAGGAGAUCGAUCGGCAGGGUCCGCCUUUGCUACGGGGUGGUUCCCUGCCGCGACGAGGGAGUGUUCUUUGCGACGAGGAAGAUGCUCUCAUGGUGGCUGGCACACAGAGGGAGAGGGGGAGGGGGAGGGGCAGGGGCAGGGGGAGAGAGAUGGCCCUGUCGAGGAGCCCUCCCUUAUCGCAGCAGCACCCUGCCAGCUUUGACGAGUGUCUUGAUGGCGGCCGUGGCCAGGGUGAAGGAGCCAACCUUGACGUGACGAUGAAGGACGCCACAAGCAACAUGCGCAGAAAGGCGGCUGCGGCUCGCGAGAAUGGCAAAUCGGCACGUGUCCGGAACCGCGCAGGCCCCAUCUCACAACCACAGCGGCAACAGCAGCAGCAGCAGCAGCAGCAGCAGCGACCGAUCGUCAAUGGCACCGCCAGCCAUAUCAACGAAAGGGGGUUUCAGCCAGAUGAGCGUCCAUCCAGUGCAGCAGAUCGACAUGACCUCCCCGCUGCUGCUGCUGCCGCCGCCGCUGGUGCCCGUGCGAGCGGACAGAAUGGCGUGUCUACUGGUGCUCUGCAGCUGCAGCUCGCUGAGUCGGCGAAUGGGGGCCGUGCUGCGGGCAACAAUCAAAGCAUUCGCUACCUACCCAUAUACACCCACCCACCCAUUGCAAUCAACGAGGCUGGAAAGGCCCCCGCUCUAGCGGGGGCCGGUGGCCAUAUGUCUAGGGGCAGGGGCGGCUCGGCUGCUGGUCCUGCGGCCGCAUCCAUGCAGGCAGGCCCGCCGCGUGCUGCAGAGGCGUCGGAUGCAGAUGUAAGCAUUGCAGUUGCAUUGCAGGCACUGCACUGUGUUUGUCCAAUGUGCCUGUAUGUCUGUUUGGGUGGGUGCUCCGUUCAGGUUCGUCAGGCCCAGGUGAUGGCCAAGGCCCGUGCGCAGCUGCAGGCAGUCCUGAGCACAGCGGUCGACGCGAUCGUGCAGGAGCAGUUCAAAACCACGCCUCUCGGGGACACGUUCACGAACGGCCCAUCAGGUGUGUAUGCAGCAAGCCACGCACAUCUAUAUCAUUGCCUUCUCUCUCUGUCUGUAUAUGUGUGUGUGUGUGUGUGUGUGGUGGUGGUGGGGGGUUGCAGCAGGCGAUGCUGCUCAAGCCCAGCUGGUCCUGGACCUGUCGGCGGCUGCUGCCGCUGCCGUCCCGUCGUCCUCUGCAUCAGCGUCAGCGUCAGCAGGAGCAGGCCGUGGCGGUCCUGCGGCAUCAGCGGCAGCGGACGCCCUUAUGCAGCUGAUGCCCUUGACCUCUGCUGUCGACUCUCCUCCUGAGAUGGUUUCCCCAGGCACCGUCCGCGCCUUCAACAUGCGGUGGCUGAACAAGGACUACAUGGUCGUCAAGGAUAAAGUGUUCGGUGAGUGAGCACAGCACAGCACACCCAUCACACAGACCCAUCACACACAUCCGAUCGAUCGCUGCAUUGCAUUCAGGCGGUUAUGCGCCGAUGGGUGAUGCCUUCGAGCGCGCAUCGAGUCAUGAAGGCCUCGACCCCCAGGCAGUCCUCCCCCACCGCCUGAUGCUCGACUUCCUUGCACACCCCCCACCCUGGACGACGGAGCGCACUCGCCUUCUCGGCCUGCGGUUUGUGGUGUGGUUUGGGGGGGCGUGGCGGGUGCUGAUGGACGAGGUGCCGGGCCAGGCGGAGAUCUUCGCGCCGGCAUCCAUGACGCCCCCGGCCGUGCGGUGGACGCUCGAGCAGGCACUCAAGCGGCGAGAUGCUCGUUGUGCGUCAAGAGGGGUGCCGCCCUCGGGUGUGUUCAAAGCGUUCUCGUUCAUUGAACAGGCUGGUGAGAAGAGGAGACAGAGAGAGAGAGCAGAAAAUGAUACAUGGGUUGGGCUCGGGUGUCACCUCUGUCUGUGUGUGUUGUGUCAGCGUUGAGGCCUUCCCUGGAGCAUCAUCUGUUCGACGCCCACGACACUCUCUGCCUGGCCCAGGCGCUGUACAGCUCGAGUUCCCCCGCCACGACCAAGUACAUCACAUUCGACCCCAUCUUGAGGGAGUACAGGUGCGUCCUUCCCCCAGGCGUCUCCAUGAUUGCACCCCAUCUGCUGUCGCACCCUGCCCGCCGCGAGCCAAUCCAUGACCCCACCACGCUGCGGCACAUCCAAGCGGCCCUGGCGUCCUUGGUCACCUGGCGCGACACAAUGGUCGAUGGACUUGCACGAGCCGCCCCUCUACCCACUGGGCCGAGCCGUGUUCCCAGCGCCGCCCCCCUUCAGCAGCUGAUCCCCCGUCCUCUUCCGCCCCAGCAGCAGAAUCACCACCGUGGUGGGCCCCCACCGCCAUCCUCGCGACGCCCUGGCCCCAACACACAUCCCUCACACAUCCCUCUGGCCAGCGUGCCGCCCCCUGGAGCCGACCAAGAUGAUGACAAUGGUGUCAAUUACAUCAACCGAGGGGGGAAUGUGCUGGCAGUGGUGCAGGGGAAGGUGGUGGCUGAGGCCGAUGGCGGCGGCCGCGAGAGGCGCAAGCGCAAGAAAGCCGUCAAGGACGACGACAGCUUCCCCUCCCCCAGGCGCAGCAGGGCUGCCAGCAAGGCCAAGGCCAAGGUCAAGCAGCAGCAGCAGCAGCAGCGGAGGCCGCGGCAGGAGCAGAACCGUGACCAUGACGACGAUCGCGACGAGGACGAGGAUGACGACGAGUCAGAGGAGGACAUUCCUCUGUGGCGGCGCCUCGUGGAUGGUCAGGGGUCGGAUGAGAAGGAGGAGGACGACCGGUCGAGCGGCUCAGGCUUGCCCGACAGGAGCGAGGCCGCAACGAGCGAGGCGGGCGAGACAAAGGAGGAGUACCUGACACACUGCGAGAAGUGGAGAGUGGUGGCGCAGAAGCUGCUCGGCAAGCUGCAGGGGGGAAAUGGGGCGUUCGGACGCCGAUUCAUCUACUGGUGCGUGGGUGUGUCACACACACAUCACAGUACAGCACACGGCGCACAAAGCGUCCAUCGUCCGUCCGCUCUCAUUGUCUUAUAUCAUCAUUUGUGUCACUUUCAGGGACUACGGUGCUCGUCACGUCGAUCUCUCCGAGCACACGGGCUCCAGUGUGUACGGCGCCUUCCAUGUCGACUUCACCUACGCCCUCCGCAAGCGGAACAUGCCAGACGCCCCGGCCCAGCCCCCCUCUCCCUCAUUCGUCCCAGAGCGAUGGACACGCCAGGCCAUGCAGAAGGCUCUCGAUGAAGCCGUCAAGGCCCGCGACCUGCACGCCAGUCUCCUGCAGCUCGACGGCAACACCACAAGUGAGGCCGACGAGCUGCCCGCGGCCGCCAACAACCACGCCGAGGGGAGCAAUGAUGGUGACGACGAUGAGGCGGACGAUGAGGAGCAGAGCGGGCAGGACUUCCUGAAGGCCGUUGCGGUGUGGAAGGCGCGCGCUACCGAGCUGAUGGACAGGCUGGAGGACUCGGACCCGAACCAGCCCCUUGGCCGCAUGUACAUCACCUGGAGGCCCACAGGCCUCGCCCGAGAAGGUCUGAAGGUCCCGCUACGGCGGCCAUACGGUGCCUGGAGAGUCGAUCGCAGCAAGUCUGACACGUUUCCCGUCCGCUAUACCUCCCCCUCGUACGUCCCUGACGAGUGGACCAUGGCUGGGCUGCGCAGGGCACUGAAGGCCGCUCUCGACGAUCGAGCCAAGAUGGUGGAGAGGGGUGCAUCGUUCGCCAGGGCGUAUCGCAGCAAGCGGGACAACGAGGAGGCUCAGGCUGAGCUGGAGCGGAAGAAGAAGGCAAAAGAGCGAGAGGGCGGUCAGCGGGGCGGGCGUAGCCCUCCGGAUGAUAGGGCGGCGGCGGCGUCCUUUGAUCCGAAGGAGGCGAAGGAGACUACGAAGGAGACCAAGGGUAGAGGGGGAGGGAGGGGGGACAGCAAGCUGCAGCCCAUGGCCAAGCUGCAGCCCAUGGCCAACAAGCUGCUGGCCGACCUUACACGCACCUAUGGAGCGGACAGAAGACAGAAUGUCUACUUCGACGGCCUCAAGAAGAAGGUAGAUCAGAUCGGUCAAUGAAGCUCCACUCCAAUUCACACGACACUCACGAGCAAAGCAUGUCGGUCUGUGUCUGUGUCUGUCUGGAUGUCUCAUGCAGUAUCGUGUUGACGUGUGGCGUCACUCCUACCGAUCGGCUCCCAUCGGCCCCGAGGAGCGCACCUACACUGGCCUCCGUGCAGCCCUGGCGCAGGCACUCGAGAUCCGUGCCCACGCGACCAACCGCUACUCGCCCGAGCGAGAGGACCCCACGGCAGCAGAGGAUGAGAACAGGAAGCGGUCCAAGAACAACAUGCGCGUCGCCGACUUCCGCGCCAUCCUCUCCCUCUGGCGGCGCGUGGCCGACGUGCUCCUCGACCGACUCGACAACUCCGCCUACAUCUCCUGGCAGUCUCCCCCCGAUAACGAUACUGGGUUUGGUGACUACGGCCACUUCCAGGUGAGGAUCGCCACCACCGAGCGUGAGCGUGAGCGCGAGCCCCUGUCGGCUUCCUUCCACCCGGCGAAUUGGACAAUGACCGGACUUUCGGAGGCUCUGGGGCAGGCUGUCCAGUGGCGCGGCCAGAUGCUGAACUACAGGCGCCUUCAGCUGCCCCCGCCCCCGCCUCCAAGAGCACCAGCCGAAGAGGAGCCACCCGAUGACGACGACUACCAGGAGAUGGACGAGGAGGAUACAGGCAUGGAUGAGGCUGCCCACCAUCGCGCUGUCGAUCGGGAUCGGAAGGGACAGAAGAAGGAGCGGCAGCACCGCCAUCGCCAGCGCCAGCGCGACACUGUGAUUCUCGAUGAGGCGGCCGUGUCUGUUGGGCAGCCGUCUGCUGCUGCUGCAGCAGCAGCAGCGGCCGUCAAGCAGUCUUCCGUCGAUCGCGAGGAGAGACUCAAACGACGUCAGCUGCAGCAGCAGCAGAUCACGUCUUGGACGGCUAGGGAAGGUCGGACCUUGCUGCCUGCGGAGAUACGACGGCUGGGGCGCGAAGGACGCGAUGAGGCGCAGGAGCAAGAUGAGCCCCAGCAGCAGGAGGCAGAGGAAGGUGAGGAUGAGAGGGAGAAGAAGCGGCGCAAAAAGAGCGACGACGACCCGGCCCUGGCAGCCCCAGCUGGUGCUGAUGCUGCUGCUGCUGCCGCCGCCGCAGCUGCUGUGGAGGUGUGCGUCAAGGAGGAGCCGAGGGAGGACAAUGCCGAGAUGGCUGUGGGGGAGGCAGCGGCAGCGGGGUUGGAUCUGGGCGACAGAGGCGAAACGAAUGAUGACGAUGCCGAGAUGGCGACUGAGCAGGAGAAGGAGGACACCGCAGGUGCAGCAGUGGCAGCUACUGAGGGGCAGGAAGCCCCCCAGGACACAGACAUGAUGGGCGACGAUGGCAACAACAAAGACGACGAGGUCAGUCAGAGGACACAGACACAACUCAUGCAUGCGCCGACGAUGUCCGCCAUCCCAUCUCGCUCCCCCUCUCUGUCUGUGUCCGUGUGGCUGACGUCAGCUGCUCCCUCCCCCUGACAUCCCUCCCCCCAUGAGCCAACACCACGACCACCAACAGGAGCAGCUGCAGCCGCCACAGGAGGAGAUGGUGCAUCCCGACCCACAACAACAUCAUCACUCUGACAUGAUGGACAUGCAAGCCGUCGGAGAGGGGCGGGGCGACCAAGCACCUGAGCAGCACGAAGACGAUGGCGCGACGGAUACGGCACGUGUGGCAGCCGAUGGUACCGGUGGUGGAGGCAAUGGUGCGGUGGGGGUGCGUGUGGAGGUUAAGCAGGAGCCACCCGAUCAGCCGUGAUGAGAGUCAUUGGACGAGUGACGGCCGUUCGUACUUGUUAUUUCUUAGCCGAGAUAUGUGAGAGGGCGGGUUUGGUGCUUAGACAGACGCCUCCCUUGGUUGUGGCUUGGCUUGGCUUGGCGGAGCCUCUUGAGCCACACAUCGCUGGCUGUCUUUGACGCGGCAGCCGUAGCUGCACGUGUGAAUGAGAGGAUCCGUGAGUGAC